CGUAAAGCGGCGCCAGCAGGGAUUACGGCGCGGUGGCGGCCGGUAAAAAAAAAAAAAAUCAGACGAGAAUAAAGAGUUCACUGAAAUGUGAGAAUGGCCAGUUCUCUAAGAGGUGAAGUGUUGAAUCUGUACAAAAAUCUGCUGUACCUUGGAAGGGAGUAUCCCAAAGGAGCAGACUACUUUAGAAGCCGCUUGAAAGCAGCUUUUCUAAAAAAUAAAGAUGUGAAAGAUCCUGAAAAAAUUAAGCAACUAAUUGCACGAGGAGAAUUUGUUAUAAAAGAGUUGGAGGCUUUGUACUUUCUCAGAAAAUACAGAGCUCUGAAACAGCGCUACUACAGUGAUGACAAUAAAUAACUGGUAUUAAUGACUGCAUGUAACGAUACCAAUCCAUAAAAAUAAAACAAUAAAAGAGCUGUAACCUCAGAAGAAAUGAAAUGUAAAUCCUUCCAACCCAUCUAAAGUACAAAUUAGGACUUCGCUUACCCUGAAGUACUCACUUGAAGGGCUGGGGGCUCAUAUUAUAUGGGUGGUAAGUUUUUCCUCAGCUACUUUUGACCUCCUUGAACUAAAGCUUCGUGUGUGAAACAAUUUUCCAGGAAAUAGCAGCAACGUAAUUCUGUUCUGUUUCACUUGGAUAUGCGCGUCGAACAGAGCUGUUGUUACCUGGGAGCUGCGUGCUGGUAUGCCGAUUCAAGGUGCUACAUAGAGGAUUAAUCUAAUUUGGAAAGUCUUCCACGUUUAAUGAUGCGUUUCCACUGUUAAAUGAGCACCUUCUCAAAAGUAAAGUAAACUUGUAAAGAUUUUAACUACACCUGCUUGACAUGCGGAGUCACGUUGGCAGAGGUGCCGUCUGGCUGUGUUAGAAAGAAGACUGUGGGGUCAGGAGGGGGGUGAAUUUGAAGAGUAGUGGUUGAAGCGCUUAGAGCCCGAAGACAAUUCCAGCUACUGCUGAUUUCUGAUGUUGUGUAACUGCUGUAGCAGGAAUAUAGGACUUGAUCCUUCCCCCUGGAAGAGCAGUUUGAUGGUGGACGUUUGCUCCGUGGCUAACUGUAGAGCUUGGCUCAACUAGCACAGACCUGUACUCAGUACAUACUAGAGUUGGUUGGUGUUUCUGCGCCCCCGCCCCAGCCCAAGAACUAAAUGACACUGGAGAUAGAACAUAAAUAAUCUUUGAAAUACAAGUAAUCACUGCGGUGGGACUGUUGGCAAUAGCAAGUCUUCACUUGCUACUCACAAAUUAGUACGCUACCUUGUGAUGAAGCGUUUGUGCUUCGGUUUCUAGCACCACAUUGAAGUGAAAAGCAGUCCUUCCACAUCAGCUUAACUCCUCUGCAACAUGUUGCAGUUAAAUCUAUUCUCAACAAAUACCGCCAAGUACAAAAUUUAACCUACCCUUCAUUAACUGAUAAAACAUUAUCCAGACAUGGUAACAGAGGGCCAAAGCGUAAGCUUAUAGACCAGUAGCAGAUUCACACUUUUUUCCCCACUGUGGGACACAAUCGAUACUGAAGAACGUCCUUCAUAUUUUUCUGUAAAUUUAUGGAAGGCAUUGAUAGAAGAAAACAAGUACACACCUGGGAAUGACCACAGGAUGGCUAUUCAGAGUAUUUUAAACUUGUAGAUUAGUUCACAUCAAGUUAGCUGUUAAGACUAAUGAAAACAAAGUCUGGGGGGUGCGACUGAGGGUGGUACAGCCCGAGCAGCCCACAACAGUGGGUGAGAAGCGCAUUCUGUCAAAGCAUGGCGGCACCCCCCCUCUUCAC